AUGGUACACUCUCAAACUCCCAUCCUGAAGCCUCAGAACAGCUGCCAACAGCCGAGAUCUCGCACGCCCGGGACAUCCCUUUGCCACCGGAACCAAUACUUGCACCACACAUGUUUGAUGUUUUCGCAUCCAACCAUACCGUUUCCAUUCCGCCCUGCUACGAUUACGCUGGAGUGGGUUCUUAAGAGAGGAUGUCAGCAUCCAUCGGAAAAAGUUGAAAUACUGUGGCAAGUCGCCCAAAAUUCGUUUUCACUACUACUGUCAUAUUUUGUAGCCUAAUAUGUUCUAAUAAUUGUGAUGUAGUUUCUUUGUUAAAAUAUAUUUUCGUCUUCGAGAAAUGAUUUUUUUCGUUCGACCGCUCAAAUAUGUAGCAUCAAAACAAAGACAGUAUUAACAAUGACCGAUAUGACAGAAUCUACUGAGCUUCAAGCUUUUAAAAGACCAAAGGAUGGUUAUAAAGUUACUGUAAAAAUUUUCCUGUGUAUUUGUGUUCUAUCUUGAGACGAACUCAAAGUCCAGCUUAAUUUACUUGAUAGCGACUAGUAAAUAUACAUGGUGUGCCUACUUGUUGCCACCGUUGACUAGCAUAAAUCAUUACGAUUUGUAAAAAAAUCUAACAUAAUACUCUUACCUUGUUUAUUUACGAUUUUAUUAGCUGUUUCGAUUAUUAUAUUACGCUUGGGUAUUAGUUUUUGACAGGAGCUUAGGUUUUGCGUUGUGUUUUCCCCUCCCUCAUUUAUAUCAUAAGCUAGUCACGCAAUAAUUGAUACCGAUACAAAUGAAUAUUUACCAUGUAUAAAGAAUUUUGUUUAUGUUGAAUUAAUUUAAUUUUACAUCGGCAGCUCCAAAUUUUUUUUUUUUUCUUACAAAUACACAGCUUAAACUUGCGCAAAGAAGAGAACCGUUGUUUUGACAAUAUACUGUUUGUAAAUGAUUGAAGUGUAAUAAACAAAAUAUCCCCUCUUUCACCUAACCAUGUGUUCUCCAAGUGGAAGGGGAGAGGUGGGAAUGUUUAUUUCGAGCAGUCAUUGUAUGAAAAAAGUCCGAAUUGAUUAUUUUUUCCUGAUAAUUGCUUACGUUAGGGGAAAGGCUCCAUGAAAGGUGAAUUUAAAUGGGAUCAGAAACGAUUGAAAUCGGAUUUUCAAUGCAGCCGAUCGCAUGGGCCAGUGGGCAAUUAAAAUUUAGAACCGAGUUUUGGUAAAUACGCGAUGUGAUAUGUUCAUUUUGAUCUGAAUAUUACGAACUAACGAUAUGUUCUUAAAGUGGGAGGGGGGAGUGGGAAGGAGGAGGUUGGAAUUUGCUGAUUUUGCUAUUCUUGUCAACUUCAAAUUUCUUUUCGACUGGCUGAGUUUUGAACUCUCCAUCUUUCGGUAAAUUGGGUCUCUCUGAACCCUUUUUGAAGCUAGUGGGAUUAACAAAAUUUUAAUAGAAACUGAAUCCCACUCCCACUAAUAACAACGGCGAUGGGAUUUCUAUUAAAAUUUGAAACGGGGUCUUGGCAAAUAUGCCAGUUGGGAUAUAGGAUUUGGAUCCUGCCUUUAUGAGCUGUAAACUGGCCCCUCUGCAACGCAUGGACUUAAGGGCAAUUAAAAUUUGAAACCAAGAUUUAGUAAGUACGUGAGCUGAGAUAUUGGAUUUGAGUUCCAACAUUACAAAUUGCUAUAGUUUACACGUGUGACUGGGUCUGUAUAAGCUUCUUAAAAAUCAGUCUCAUGGGAUAAGCAAGAAAUGUCGUUUACUUACAGAGUAAUCAACUUGGUGUUGUAGAAGAAGACUCCACCUGGUAGCUCUGCUAUCUGAUUGUCAUGUAAGUACCUAUGUAAACGAUAUUAAGAAAGACAAUAAAGCAAAUUAAUCAUCUCAUAAAGUUUUAACAGACCUACAGAGUUUGCAAAAGUACAUCUGUGGGAAUAGAAAUUAACUCUCAACUUUUUUUCCAGACAUCUCUCCUACUGAGGAAGCCCUUGGGAAUUUAGGCCAAAUCCUUCGAUACCUUGGUUACUGGUCAUAAUUUAUCGCCCAAGUGGGCGAAGGGAGGAGUCAGAGGAUUGGAGAUGUGUUGCGAUAAAAUUUAACUGAUCCCCUUGUAUCAGUCACUAUAAAAAUGUGCUCUUGUGUGAGAGGAAAACACCAUGAAAGGUGAAUUGAAAUGAGAUUUUGAAAGAUUGAAAUCAGAUUUCUGGUAAAUUGCAAAACUCUGAUUUAAAGAUAAAGGUAUACUUGUCCUUCUCAACAACAUUUUUUGUAAAAUAUUUUGAGAUUAAUAUUAUUAUCUUGGACUGGGAGAUGAUAUGGUCGCAGUUAAUUAAUAUCUAGGAGGCACGGGUUUGAAUCCCGUCCGAACCUUUAUGUUUUUUAAGGCUUCUUUUUUUCAUCAGCUGAAUUGCAGCUUACAUGCAAGGAACAUGACUUUAUUUUAUUUCCAAUCCGUAGGUCCAAAAAAUUUCAUUGUGAAGAAAAAUGAACCUUCGUUUUCGACAAUAAAUUGUUUUAAAUGGUUUACUGGACGCACUUCAAAAAAUGUCUCCAGUAUAAUGAGCAUAAUAUUCCCGUUUGACUUUACAAAAUGCUUGUAUAUUUGUCCUUGAACAUAAGUUGUUUUUUUGAAGGUCACAUUUGUUCUCAGCUCGUGCCCGGCUCUCCGUUCUUCUUCGGAACAGAUAAUGUGAUACACAAAUUGAAAUUGUUAUAGAUAGCCCCAGCAUGGAGGGGGGGUGUUGAAUAGAUGUGGCGUCCAAUUCUGCUUUCGCAGUGUUUCCCCUUUUACAACAUGGUGUCAGAAGUGAGAUUCCAACUGGCAAUUGAUAAAAUUGCAGCUCACCUGCGAGGAUCAUGCCUUUCUGUGAUUUUACAUUGGCAGCUCCAAAGAAAUAAUUUUUUUUUUAAAUACACAGCUUAAACUUGCGCAAAAAAGAGAACCGUUGUUUUGACAAUAUACUGUUUGUAAAUGAUUCAAGUGUAAUAACAAAAUAUCCCUUUUUGAUCUUAUCAUGUGUUCUCAAAGUGGGAAGGGCGAGGUGGGAAUGUUUGUUUUGAGCACUCAUUGUAUGAAGAAAAGCCCGACUUCAAAAAAUAUGAUCUUACGUAAGGGGAAAAAAAUCCAUGAAAGGUGAAUUUAAAUGGGAUUUUGAACGAUUGAAAUGGGAUUUCUGUUGAAUUGCAAAACUGGUAUACUUGUCUUUCUAAACAAAAUUUUUCGUAAAAAAUGUUGAGAUUAAUGUUAUCAUCUUGGACUGGGAGAUGAUAUGGUCGCAGUUAAUUAAUAUCUAGGAGGCACGGGUUCGAAUCCCGUCCGAGCCUUUAUUUUUUAAGGCUUAGUGAAAGAGUUACAACAGAGAGAAUAUGUCACAGCCUGGAUCGGACCAGUAAAAAAAAACAAAAAGCACAAAAAAAAUGGGAGCCUAGAGUACUGUAAUAAAUUUCAGGACCAGUUAAUAUCAGGGAUCAACAACGAAGGACUGGUGUCAAAACUACAAAAUAUGGGCCGCAGAGAUGAAACAACGAAGGGCAUGGUCUAGUCUAAGACAAUGCUACAGGUAGCCAAGAACUUUUGGCAAUUGGAAAAGGCUAAAGCAAUAAUGCAACAAGCUUACGUCCCAAAGAACAAGUAAACUACACAAACACAAAGACAUCCCAAAGUCAGAGCAAAAAUGAGGUCAAGAUCAGUCUAUCCGCCAGCGCAAGGCUGACACCUGUAAAUGUUGGGCAGUUCUGCACACCCGUGCUCUGUAUGCUUAAUCGUUGAUCCCUCUAGGGCAGACGAUCAAAAACAUGCAACUCACCCACAGCAAAGCAACCUCAUUCACCAAUGAAAACUCUUAGCUCAAACCUAUGGAUAAAAGGCAGGCCACUUCUCCCUUCUAGCUCAGACUGUGCAAAGCUAAUACGGAUUAAGAUCCCUGCAGAUGAAGUCCAUUGA